UCUCUCUUUUCCGCUUUCCCAAUCUCUUCUUCUCCCGAUUUUCUCUCCCUCUCUCUCUCCCUCUCUCUCUCUCGGUAUCCAUCCAAACAUCUGUCUGUCUCAUGGAAUCCCUCGCCGCCGUGUUCUGCACGGGCGCCCUCCUCGCAUGCGGUCUCUUCUACUGGUUUGUGUGCGUACUCGGGUCGGCGGAGCAGAAAGGAAAGAGAGCCGUAAACCUGACCAGCGGCUCCAUCUCACGAGAGAAGGUCCAUGACAAAUACAACCAGUACUGGUCCUUCUUCCGUCGCCCCAAAGAGAUCGAGACCGCUGAUAAGGUGCCCCACUUCGUCGACACCUUCUACAACCUUGUCACCGACAUCUACGAGUGGGGUUGGGGCCAGAGCUUCCACUUCUCCCCCUCCGUGCCAGGAAAGUCCCACAAAGAUGCCACCCGCCUUCACGAAGAGAUGGCCGUAGAUCUCCUCUCCGUUAAGCCCGAACACCGCAUCCUUGACGUAGGUUGUGGUGUAGGCGGCCCGAUGCGCGCCAUUGCCGCCCAUUCACGUGCUCACGUUGUUGGCAUCACCAUCAAUGAGUACCAGGUCAAUCGAGCCAAGAUCCACAACAAGAAGGCCGGACUUGACUCCCUCUGUGAUGUCGUCUGCGGCAAUUUCCUCCAGAUGCCGUUCGAUGACAACAGCUUCGAUGGGGCCUACUCGAUUGAGGCCACCUGCCACGCACCUCGCCUGGAGGACGUCUACGCUGAGAUCUACCGUGUCCUGAAGCCUGGUGCGAUGUAUGUCUCCUACGAAUGGGUGACGACGGAGCUCUUCAGGGCCGAGAAUGUGGAGCAUGUGGAGGUUAUACAGGGGAUUGAGAGGGGGGACGCGCUGCCGGGGAUGAGAAGCCAUGAUCAGAUCUCGGAGAUUGCUAGGAAGGUGGGUUUUGAGGUUGUGGAGGAGCGAGAUUUGGCACGGCCGCCUGCUGGAGAAUGGUGGAAGAGAUUGAAGAUGGGUAAGAUCGCCUACUGGAGGAACCACAUCUUGGUUUCGGUCCUCACCAUGUUAGGGAUUGCGCCCAAAGGAGUGGUGGAUGUUCAUGAGAUGCUUUUCAAGACGGCACAGUAUCUGACCAAAGGCGGAGAGACAGGGAUUUUCUCACCAAUGCAUAUGAUCCUCUGCAGAAAGCCGGAGGCUUAGGUGGGACAGUUGGAUUUGGAUCAAGGUAGCUCUCUCUCUCUCUCUCUCUCUCUCUCUCUCUCUCUCUAGCAAUUCCUCUUUAUGUUUUUUUUUUCUUAUUUGAGUUUUUCCAUCAUCAGUGUUGUUAAGUUCUUGUUUUUGUUUCCUUUGAGGGAGGUAGAAGGGAUUUGGAGAUGGGUUUUGAGUUUUGGGUAUGUUUUAUUAGAUUGGUAGAGGGAAGGAUAGUUGCAGGCAGAGAUUGGAAAUCUCAUAUGAUUUAUUCCUAUUUACUGCUGUUCUUUCCUUUUCCUUUUCUUUUUUUAAUUUAUUAUUAUGACUAUCUAGUAGAGUUAAAUGAAAUGGAAUUAGGAUAUCUGAUGUUUUUGAAUGUUUGAAUUUCGAAAUUUGAAGAUGGGUUAGCGCGUUUGGAAUGGAAUUUAAUUGCAAUUCUCUCUUUA